CUGUGAAAUGCGGAUUGAAACAGAUUGAACGAUUCUACGGGUCGCGAUGGCUACUGCGCCGCAAGGACAACAAGUUUUGCUGUUCAGUUAAACAAGUUCUAUGUAAGGGAAAAGCCGGACGGAUUCGUCUAAGACACACUUUUUAAUGUAAGACACGCGUUGGAUAACAGGAAAAUGUCCCAGGGAUGUAUAACUUCAGCGGAGGAGAUCCAGUCUUGGUGGGAAGUCCCCGCCAUAGCGCACUUCUGCUCUCUCUUCAGGACGGCGUUCAAUUUACCAGACUUUGAAAUCGAGGAACUGGAGCAAGCACUACUGAAACAAGACCAAGAUUUCCUCUCAGUUCUUCUCUGCUCCCUGCUAAAAGGAUGUUACCAGCGCAGCGACAUCACGAUCCAGUCAUUUAGCGGUUACCUGGAAGAUAUUAUCAAUUACCGAUGGGAACUAGAAGAAGGAAAGCCCAAUCCACUGAAGGAGCAUCCAUUUGAGGAGCUACCAACCCGCACACAGGUGGAGCUUUUGCACAGACUCUGUGACUAUCGCCUUGAUGCUGCUGAUGUCUUCGACAGGCUCAAGGGCCUGGAUUCAGACAGUUUGCGUGUUGAGCCUCUGGGCCAGGACGGGAAUGGAGCCCUCUACUGGUACUUUUACGGUACAAGGCUAUACAAAGAGGAGCCAGUCGAAGUGGUGUCUCCCCAAUACAGUAACGAUAAAGCUUCUGAGAAGAAAAGAAGAGGAAGGCCUCCAAAGAAUAAGCCAGAGGACAUUGAUUUAUCAGUGGUGGAGGAGGGGGUGAACUCUGUCAAGGAAGAGUACGAAAGGGUUGAGGAAACUAAACCUGCGAUUGAGCGUGAACGUGGGGCUUGGUCUGUCAUUUGUGAGACAGAGGAGCAGUGGCUCAAUCUGGCCGAAAGUAUUAAGGACAAGAUCUCUCCUCAGGACCGGCACCUGCACCGCAUCAUCACUCAGAACUUCUUACCUGAGAUCAGUAACAUGAUUGAACACAAGGAGAAAGAGUUAAAGCAGAAGCUACUGAAUUCGCCUAAGGAACACAACAGCCAAUCUGAACAGCAUAGCAGCAAAGACAAUUGGCAGAUGCAAGCCACAACUGAGGAGGAGAGGCAAAGGGAUGAGGACCUGGAAAGGCAAGUCCUACUUGCUGAACAACGGAAAGAAGAUGAGAGACUCCUUCAAGAAGAACGGGAGCGAGAAGAACAGGAGCGAGUCAAAGCUGUUGAGGAGCGUGCCCGUAGAAGAAAGCAGAGGGAGGAGAAAGCCUGGUUGCUCUCUCAAGGGAAAGAACUUCCACCUGAGCUGCUUAAUCUGGAGACUCACUCGCCUAUUCGCAGAGCACGUCGCACCAAACAGUUUUAUGAGAUAGAUGACGACUACACUGCUCUCUACAAAGUUUUGGAGGCCCUGAAAGCUCACAAAGAUGCCUGGCCAUUUAUGGAACCUGUUGAUGAGUCUUACGCACCUAACUAUCAUGAAAUUAUACAGACCCCAAUGGACCUGUCAACUAUUGAAAGGAAGCUGAAUGAUGGAGAGUACCUUGCUAAGGAUGAGUUUGUGGCCGAUGUAAAGCUUAUGUUUGGGAACUGUCUGGAAUACAAUGGAGAAGAGAGUGAAUACACAAUAAUGGCUGAGUCCUUGGAACGCUGCUUUACCCGAGCCUUACUGAAGCACUUUCCAUCUGAAGAUGGCGACACUGAUGAGGAGUUUCAUGUGAGCAGUGAAGACCGCAAGGACAAGAAAAAGAACAAGAAUCACAAACAGUCAGGUCCCGAGAGCUUGAUCAGAGCCACUGAGCAGGUUCAAAAACGCAAAACGUCUAAUAGUGGCAAAGGAAACAAUCAACAACAAGAAAAGCCCAAAUCCACAUUACAACCCCCUCCUCCACAUUACAGCAACGGUCCCCCACAUCCUCAUAACAUCCAUCCAGGACAGCAGCAGCGUGGCAUGCUGCACCCUGCUCAACAGUUUCAACGACCUUCAGGACCAGGGAUGUAUGCUCAACAUAUGAUGAUUGACGCCCAGUAUCCAUAUCCUGGGCAGAGACCCCUCAUAUCCAGGCCUCCUGGGGACCAUGAAAAUCAACAUGUACCACAUUUUAACAUGCAGGGUUCCCACAUAAAUGGUCCACAUCUUGGAACAAGAUACACAGUUGGACCUGAUGGUCAACCUCUUCAACCUCCACAUCAACAACAUUCCUAUUCUGGUCCCACUCAUGGUCCUUCUCUUGGUCCAAGGCCAAUGGCCCUUCAGCCUGGGGGUCUUUGUUCCCCUCCACCUGAAGGCAAUAUGUACCCUUCACACCAACAUCCAGAAGGACAGUCUAUGCGGCCAAUGGGAAACGCGUAUACCAGGCCAGGUGUUCCAAUGCAUAGUUCCUACCCUCCUUAUGGCCCCCAUGGCAUGAAUAUACCAAGGAUGUGGCCACCCAUGAACCAUCAAAGGCAACCGACCCCUAGUGGAAAUAUGAUGCAAGAACCGAGUGCUUCUGGCCAGCACCCAUACAAUCACAACAUGAUCCACUCUCAAAAUAGUACAGGUUUUACUAUGGCAAAUGGUCAAUUUAAAAUGCCCUCUGCCAAUUCCCAAGGUCCUGUUGGCCAAAAACUACAAGGAGGCCCUCAGGCCUCAAGGCUACAUUUGGCAUCUAUGCUUGAUAGUCCUGAGAUGAUAGCCCUUCAGCAGCUGUCAGCUUCAUCAUCUCAUCAUGUUGGGAAUUUUCAGUCCCCCCAACAAAGUGGUGGUAAUCCUUUAGCUUCUGCUGAACAGUCAUCUCCUGAAAAACAGCUCCACAUGCCUUCUAGAGACAAACAGCACACCCCUGUGUCCUCCAAAGGUUCAAGUCCAAAAUCUGGCAAUAAAAUGUCAACUGGAGAAAUCUCUCUGACUGAGGCUGAAAGUCGUUCUUAUCCCAGUACAACAGAGAAAUCUGAGCAACCUUCACAAGUGACUGGUCUGGCAUCUGUAUCCUCUCCAAGCAAGGAACUGAAUCAGAAUGAAGACAAACAUAGACUGUCAAAUCUAGAAAAAAUCCAUGACCAACUGAAUUCUCAACUAGGUCCUCCAAAUCUAAAGUCUGUGGAUGGCUUUUCAUUUCCAUUAAACAGCCCUCAGCCAAUGCCCCAUAAAACCCAAGAUGAUAUUCCCCUCAACAUUUCUCAACAAAUAAAUAAACAUGCUUUACCACAGAUUAUUCAGAAUGGCUCUCAACGGCAGUCUCAGAAUGUACCACCACAAAUUCUACAGAAUAUUCCUCAACAGAUGACAGAGAAUGUAAUUCAUCAAUAUCAUCAGAGUGUCUCCCAGCAAAUACAAAACAAUGAAUCUGUUAGAGGCCCACAGGUAGGACCUCUCCAUGGAAUGCCACAGAUUUCAUCUCAGGGGGGUCAGCCUGGUGUUCAUCAGCCUGCAACACUCAGCUCUCUACCUCCUAGCCACCCCGUAUCUCAUCCACUUGCUCAGCCGUCUCCAGCUGAUCAGGGAGACCAAAGGCCUUGUGAGCCUACCAGCAGGAAAGUUUCAGAUGGUAGUACAGCUUCCCAAGAUGGCAGCAAUGCUAAUUUGAGGACUGAUUGUACCAGUGGGCAAUACAAGCAACAGCCCUUCAGUCCCGAGUCAAAACCCCCCUUGGUAAGGCAGGAGCAAGCACCCCUUCAAAAUCAGACUCCUCCAACCCACUCUCAGGGACCAGAGAGCAACAAUGUAACCCAUUAUGGUAUAAGUGAGCCAGCACACCAACCGUUUGGCCCACAUCAUGGUAGGCCACUACAAACGUCAAACCACCAGUCUUACACAAGCCAGGGACUCCCGUCACACGAAAAUAAUCCUAAUCAAAAUCCUGCACACUACCCUGCUUUUCACCAGCAAAGCAUUCAAUACCAGUAUCGCAUGGCCACACAGCAUUCUCAGGGCCACCCAAGCAUGCAUCCUCAGUUCCAGCAGCAGCAGCAGUUUUAUCAACAACAACGACAUGGAAGACCUGUAUUUCCAACUGAGGAGUGGCCUAGACAUCCAUACCAGCCUCAACACCCAGUGAUGUCCAAUUCUUAUCCAACACCAUCUGCUGGAAGUUUUAAUGGUAGGCACAAUGACAAUGGCAUGUCUCCACAUGGCUCUGAUGGAUCUGUUGGGAGCUUAAUGUCACCCAAUCUUUUACCCGAUGGAUCCCAUAGCAGUUCAUUUGAAAACAAAGAGGAUGGAAGCCCUGCUAAGCAGGCCAGGACAGAAGAACCUUCUGAACGCUCAGAGAGCCCAAAGGAAAUAUUGGACCUGGAUAGCCACAAUGCUACAGCCCGACAUCAUACUUCAGCCCAGCCGCACUCUAGUUUCCCAUAUGGGCCUCGUGGUAUGCAUCCCAGCAUGCAGCAAAGUGCUGCUCCGCCACCCCAUAUGAUGGCAAGUGGGCCGUAUUCUAGCCAGCAAUUUUCUGGUGGACAUUUUGCACCACAGAAUCCUCAUCCACAUUUGAUGGAAGCUUUGCAGAGGCCCCAGCAUCUGCCUUUCUCCCCUGGUCAAUCUCGAAUGACUAUGUAUAGGCAUCCAAAUGUUGCAGGGCACUUCCAGGGAAUGAUGGUUCCUCAAAGAGCAGUGGUUGCAGAACAUUUAUUUCGCAGUGGGCACCAGAUGUUGCGUACAGCCUCUCCAAAUGGCCAGGGCCAUAAACAAGGAGUAUGAAAACUAGGAUUUUGGUGGCAGUCCAAGGGAAAUGAGUACCUUCUACAGCACAAUUACAUCCUGCAAUAUACAAGGAAAUAAAGACCCAACGAAAUAGAUGUUUAGUGUGUUUGUUUGCGUAAAAGGGCAAGUUAUGUCAAUUGGAGUCAAUUGCUCCCCUACUCGUGCAAAAAACUAUUGGAGACACCAUCCUCCCCUGGCAUCAACUUUCACUGAGGAGGGAAAGAACAGUUUGCAGUGCCAAGAAGUAGUGGCCACAGCAGCUUUUCUUCUCAUCCUGGUUGGUUUCUUUGGCCACAUCCCUAACAAAGGAACACAAUCUCCAAGCUCUUUGCAUGAGCUUUUACUUUGAAAGUAAAGAUGCUAAAAUGUAUACAUGAGAAGAGCAAGAUGUUAGUUACCAGUUGGUAUUCUGGUUCAAAAUUAAACUCAGGUGUAGCAAAGAAGGUACUGAGGCUACUUGAGCUUUUUCAAAGCUCCAUGGACAAACUAGACUCUUGCCUUCAUAUACUUUUGAAUGUUCUGUGAAAUGAUUUUAGUAUAGUAAUUCAACUCAAAGAAUAAAAGGAAGACCUUCUCCAUGGGGAAAGUGACAACAAGUGUUUUAAAGAGGUGGUGUUCAUCUUAAGUAAAACACAUUAUCCACUUUUUUUCUGGUGAUGUGCAUUCUUUUAAUGCCACUUCAAUUUGAAGAUUGUAUUUGUUCUUAGACUGGCAGAGAACUCAGCUGCUCUAUUUGUUAUGCACUAGGAAUAGUCUUUCAUACUGGAAUUAGUGGCCUUGGACUAAAAUUAGACGUGUGCUUCUUUGUAUGGGACUAAUUUCACUUAAGUUGUUUCUAUCUCUGAUGUUUUGUCUUGUUUCAUUUUGAUGUGUCCUGUGUUACGUGUGCACAGAAUAAAUCUGAUUUCAGAUAGGAAGUAACCAUCUUUCACAUUUUUAAUAUCUAGACAGGCCACUAGUAAUCUGCAGCUUUUGGGAUUCCAUGAAGACUGGUUUACUCUUUGUGACCUGAUUUAUUCAUUACUGCCUAGCAAUCUCAAAAUGUUGUUUUUUUUUCUCCACAUAUUGGAACGUAAAUUGAACAUCUAGCUAGAGUCGCAAUACUAACAAUGUGUUAGAUGUGAGUAUGUAUCAGCCUUAAAACUGACUUGUAAAAGUACCACUGUAGCUGCUUUUAUCCAAUAGGAGAAAUGUCGAUGUGCUCAUAUUUUACAUGAAUGCUUCCUGUUUUGACUCAGCGUACUGAAUAUGUCCUCAGGGUGUAGUGGUUUUAAUACGGGUAUUGUCAAUGACUUUUUAGUGACAAAAUUACAGUGAAAUUUCACUGGAACUGUGAUUAACUUCAGUUCCUGUUUGAACAUCAGUACAGAUGCAGGAACGAGGCGAGCAGUACUUGUGGUUUUUGGAGUUUGUCACACUUGAGUGAGUCUGAAAUUGUUUUAAAUGCUUUUUUUGUAAUGGGCAAGGAUCUGAAAACCAAGUAGGAUGGUUUUAUCCAACUUCAUUUCUUCUACUAUUGUUGCCCUGCACUAAAUUAAUCGCUAUCAUAUCUGCUUUGUUUAAUGUGUUCGAUUAGUCUGUCUGAAUUUCUAUUUAGAUUCAGCUCAUACUGACAAACCAUUGAAAAGAAACAAAAAAUGUCAGAAUAUGGCAGCAAGAAUAUCUACCUCAUAAUGCCAGAAUGUGGCAUAUUUUCCAUUCCCUUCACAGACAUGUGCAAAAAUUAUUUUUGUCACUUGUUUUUCUUUAUACUCUGAGAUAUGCUUUUUCCACGAUUGAAGGCUCUAUCUUUAAAACAACACUAUAGCCUUAAUAUGUCCAACUGUACAACAGUCAUUGCUACUUUAUUGGUGCCAAGUUUGAACAUGAUUAAAACAUCUCCAUUCUGUAUUUUCAAUUCUGGGGUUCAUAACUGUAAGUGUAAUGAAGGCAGCAUCCCAGGUUAACAUUUUGGCCCUCACUUUGCAGCUUUGUAUCAUCCACAUAUUGAAGUGGAAAAACGGUUGAAUACCUUGUAUGAAGAAACUUGACAGUGAUUUCUGUGGUACAGUAAGAUCUUUUGUCCCUGAAACCUGUGAUAGUGCAUAAUGUCAGACAUUGUAGUAUUUUUGUGGACAUAUAAACUGUUUAUAUGUAUUUUAUGAACUAGGGAUAUUAAAAUGCUAGCAACUGUGAGAUGACAUGGGCAUUAUCCUCCAUUUUGUACUCACAUGUGAAGUUUUAUCACUUUGCCAGUCCUCUGACAGACUGUCCUAUUCCACUGUUAAUAUGUAAAAGGGAUAAUUUAGUUGUAUUGUACUACAAGAAUGUGUGGGUUUUGCAUUGUACAGUUUUUUAUUUUUAUUUUUUUUUUUAUGGGUAUUGGGUCUGGAUCUCUUGAAACCCUUCAACAUUUCUGCUGUUCUCUGUUCUGUCUGUACUGGUUAAAGAACUAGUUGGUUAAAUGUGAAUCAUAUUUAUUUGCUCUUAUGUUUUUUUGUAAAUUUUGUCUUUUUUUAAAUAUAAAUGUGUUCUCAUGUUUGUUUUGAAAAAGAUUCACUUUACCUCAGUAGUAAAAUGGCAUCCAAAACGACACCUGUAACUUUCAAUAUAUGAAGUUUACAAGUUCUUAUCUGACUGACAAAUUAUUUUGGAAAUGAACCGAAGUAUUUUCUAUACUGUACAUUUCUUAGAAUAAACUACGUUUCAUUAGUU